AUGGGAAGUCUUAUCGGCUUGACGGUGCUGAUCUUGGGCGCUGGGCCAAUUGGUCACGCCGUGGCGCAAGUCUUGAAAGCACGGGGCAUCAGACGAAUUCUCUUGUCUGAGCCGACAGAGCUGCGCCGAAAGCAGGUCGCGCAUCUUGUCGAAGUGGUUGUCGACCCGACAUCUCAAGAUCUUGUUGCUGAGUGUCGACGUAUGACCCACGAUUCUGGAGUUGACGUCGUCUUUGACUGUGCUGGGGCUAUGCAGGCCAUGAACGCCGCAUUUCAGGCAUUGAGGAUCAGAGGAACGUACGUUAACGUUGCCGUCGCAUGGUCCUCGCCGCCUGUUAUUCCUCUAAUACCCUUUAUGCUCAAGGAGAUCACUAUCAAGGCAGCGCUAACGUAUGAGGACGAAGAUUUUGCAGCUGUAGUUGCCGACUUCUGCGCAGGCAGAUAUGAGAGCCUUGAGUCGAUGGUGACGGCUCGAAUUGGCCUCGAUGAUGUCGUCGAAGAGGGCUUCAACCAACUGAUCCGGCCCGACAAUACUCAUAUUAAGAUUCUUGUCAGGCCAGCGGUUGAUGAGUAA